AUGGAUCCAAACAAGGACUCUCGGUACGAGCGUCCAUACUUCUUUGAUCUGCAGUCUUCUCAGCUGCAAAAUAUUUCCACUGCUCCGACUUAUCAUCAGUUCAAUUUAUCGCUUCAGCCUCAGGCUCUGAGUAAUGUCAACCCACCUCCAAACACUUUGGCUCCAGACCCAAGACCAGGCCACUCCCAAUCUGUGCUGUCUACACUGCUGCAAUUCGAUCAACUUCCAGCCUUACGCUCUCACGAACAGCUCCCACAGAUAAACGUGUACGGCUUGCCCAAAAGGCUUCCCGUACCUACAAAUCCAGAAAUUAUCAGAACCAGUCCCAGUCCAGGUAUCACGGUUAACAACACCAACGAAAAGGGACGGAUGCGUGUAAACAGAGCCUGCGACCGUUGUCGCUCCCAUAAGAUUAAAUGCACGGGUUUGCUUCCUUGCAGUAACUGUUCUAAGCAAGGUAUUGAGUGCAAGUAUCGGACCAAGCUGGGGGACGAACCAGAAGCAAAACGCCCGAAGGUGGAGUCGAAUGAUACAAUUGCCCCUGUCCCAGCUGAGUUAGACUACCAUUCACAAGCGUUGCCGAUUUUGGAAAAGCCAGCAGUGGAGAAAUCUGAAAGUGAUUACACUACCUACUUGGAGAACAGAAUCCACUAUUUGGAGAACUUGCUCCUGGAGAAUCUGGCUGCUACCUUCAAGAAUGUAGGUAACGUAAACGUGGACGUCCAAGAUGUUAAUGACAUGUUGAAGUCUCAGCUGUCCAAGUGGCGAUUCUGUCGAAGACAUCAGAACGCAUUGGUCAUAGAGUUGUGCAACUCAUUGUAUAAGAGUCUCACUCCUGAGUCUAAGGCUAAGGUACCCUUACCCAGAACACAAUACUUUGGCUGGAAUAUGUCCGGAUGUAACUACUUAAAGCCUGAGACACUUCCUCCGCUUCCUCCGUUAGAUGAUCUCCCAAAUGGUUUCAGAUGCCAUCUUGUGAAUUUUUUCUUCUCUGAGAUCAAUCCGCUCUACGCAAUUUUGCAUGAGGCAGUAUUCAGAGAACAGAUUGAUGCAUUUAAGAAAUUGAAGGACACAAAUCCAGCCAAUCAGUCUAACCAGGCUGCUUUGUUUCUGGCCAUGUUGUGCUUGGUGUAUGCCUUGGGUAUCAGAUUCACGGAAUUUAUGAAGGCAGACGGCCCAUCAAUGGAAAUGCUCCACUUCGAAGAAAAGCUUUUUAAGUACAGUCACAAGGUUGUCCUGGUUUUCAGCUUUGAAUGGGAGUCCUUCGAGCUUAUCCAAUGCUGGCUUUUGGUCACCUUAUACUUGAGAAUCUCCCACCGUCAAACGUCCGCUAACUUCGCAAUGGGCCAUGCGGUCACCAUGUGCCGUUCCAUGGGUUUGGGUCGAACCACUCAAGUCAUCGCCGAGGUCACACCUUACGAGAUACUUAAGGCAAAACGUAUAUUCUACGCUGUCUAUAGCUUUGACAGAGUCAUAGGCUUGCAAGCAGGUCGAUACCGUGCGUUGAAUGAGUUUGACAUUACUAGAAAAUUCCCAUCACUAGACUUCGAACUGCAAUCCAAACGAGACGAUUGGAUCACACUUCCGGCGUUUGCUAUGAUGCACAUUGCUCGCAUCGCCAACUUCAUUCACACGUCAACCUCAGAUAAUUACGAUUUGAUCAAGGCUCAACAGAUCAAUAAAGAAAUUCAUCUUCUAGGACGAUGGCUUAACCGCAAUGGAUUUGACGAUGCCAAAGAUAUCUAUCCUUACGGAGGAUCUACUGGGCCAAUUUCCUCGAUGGUGAAAGCUCAGGUCAAGUUACAUUAUUAUGAUUUAUUGAUUGCAGUGCAUGGAAAAUUGCUCUUCAACUACUUGGGCAAAAGAAUUGCAUCAGAAGGAAUGAAGAUCGAAAGUGUGCUUGAGGCGAACGAAGGAGUCAUUUAUAUUUUGAAGAAAUGCCAUGAGGCCAACACGCUUUAUGCCCCAUGGUACUUGAAUUUACUUCUACUUUUCAACGUUGGCAUCAACUGUUUGGUGUUCAUCAAUGCUGGUAUCUUUCUAGCAGAGUCUCGACGGUUGAUGAGCGAUUCCAUGUCUCUUCUACAACAUCUCCAGAACUCAAGCGUCAAGGAUGAGAAGGGCAAGUUAAUUUUCCGGGAGCGCUUCAAGAUGGUCAGUGAGUGUAUCUGGGUAUUUAAGACAGCCAACCAUAUCAUGACGCUCAGUUUCGAGGAAUCAAUUCGAACCAUUAAAGAGUUGGGCAUUGACCACGGGUCCGCCGACGUUAAUAAGCAAUAUUUUACACAAUUCGGCAUCGAGAAUGUUAAUGAUAAGGGAAAGCUUGAUGAACUCAUGGAACACCAAAACAAUCGAAGUUUAACCAAGGAAAUUGAAGGGCGUCGAAGGAUUGAUGUUGAGCAGGAGGAUGAGCACACGCCCGGACGAUCAACUGCGCAGCCAGAUUCGACGUCUUUCGGAGUAGACCAGCUAUUGGGCAAUUUGCAAUGGUUCGACCAAUGGCUAGACUUCAACUAUCAACUCUGA